CACAAUCGGCCAUUUCGUCGGUGCAGGCAAUCAUCUGUAGAGGGCAGUGGGGAUACGUUGAGUUUACUGGUUCCUUGAGCAGCACAUCGACAAAAUCGCAACAUGAAUGAGACAGCAGUUUCCUUCGCCAAGGACUUCUUGGCCGGUGGCAUCUCUGCCGCCAUCUCCAAGACAGCCGUCGCCCCCAUCGAGAGAGUGAAGCUGCUCCUUCAGGUCCAACAUGCCAGUAAGCAGAUCACCGCAGAUAUGCAGUAUAAGGGCAUUAUCGACUGCGUGGUCCGUAUCCCCAAGGAGCAGGGAUUCCUCUCUUUCUGGAGAGGUAACCUUGCCAAUGUCAUCAGGUACUUCCCCACCCAGGCCCUGAACUUCGCCUUCAAGGACAAGUACAAGAAGAUCUUCCUUGAUGGCGUCGACAAGCGUGCCCAGUUCUGGAGGUACUUCGCCGGUAACCUGGCCUCCGGCGGUGCUGCUGGAGCCACCUCCCUGUGCUUCGUGUACCCCCUUGACUUCGCCCGUACCCGUCUCGCCGCUGAUGUUGGAAAGGCCGGAGCAGGGAGGGAGUUCAACGGUCUGGGUGACUGCCUGACGAAGAUCUUCAAGUCUGAUGGUCUCAGGGGCCUGUACCAGGGCUUCAAUGUGUCUGUGCAGGGAAUCAUCAUCUACAGAGCUGCAUACUUCGGAAUCUACGACACCGCUAAGGGCAUGCUCCCAGAUUCCCAGAAGCAGAGCAUUUUGGUGAGCUGGAUGAUUGCUCAGUCCGUGACAGCCGUUGCUGGUCUGACUUCAUACCCCUUCGACACAGUCCGUAGACGUAUGAUGAUGCAGUCUGGACGCAAAGGAGCUGACAUCAUGUACAGCGGAACAAUUGACUGCUGGCGCAAGAUCGCACGCGACGAGGGUGGCAAGGCUUUCUUCAAGGGAGCCCUGUCCAACGUGCUCAGAGGCAUGGGCGGCGCCUUUGUGCUGGUUCUGUACGACGAGCUGAAGAAAGUCAUGUAAAUUCAUCAUGUUGUCACAUCCACGGUUCAAUUCGGCUAAAUGUAAUAACUUACCAUUUCUAUGGACUCAGCGUUCUGCCUUAUUUAUGGGAACAAACUAUAGUGUCUCACCACUAGCUGUGGGCGAUGGCUGUAUGUUGUGCAUCUUUUAUGAUUUUAAACGUUCCGCAUCCUCUUUACCAAUGUCAUUCCUGUAAGAACAGAUACCUCCUCCUGUCAUUCACUAGGUUUGUAUGGUCCCGAACCGAAUAAAUUUAUUCUGGGAACAAACUUAA